UGGCUUAGUAGCUUGUGGAUAGUGGGCUGUGACAGGCCCAUUUAAUUACUUUUUGGCCUUAUCGAGUGUGUAAAUGAGAAGUCAAAUCUGCAAAUUUCAGCAAAAACAGCGCAGCAGAGAGCAAGCACUAGAGAGAAGAAAGGAAAACCCUCAGCGCCAUGGCAGACGAAGACUAUGAUAUGGAUGGAGGGUACGAGGAUGAGCCACCGGAGCCCGAGCUUGAUGAAGGGGCAGAGAUAGAGGAAGACAACAACGCCGCUGAGGAGAUACUGGACGCCGUCGAAGGCGAGGGAGAUGAGAAGCAGGAGCAGGAGGCUGUGGAACGCCCUCGGAAAACGUCCAAGUAUAUGACUAAGUAUGAGCGGGCGAGAAUUUUGGGCACGCGGGCUCUGCAGAUUAGCAUGAAUGCACCGGUGAUGGUGGAGUUGGAGGGCGAAACUGAUCCACUGGAGAUUGCAAUGAAAGAGCUGCGGGAGCGAAAAAUACCUUUCACAAUCCGUCGUUACCUCCCUGAUGGAAGCUACGAAGAUUGGGGGGUGGAUGAAUUGAUCGUUGAAGACUCCUGGAAAAGACAAGUUGGAGGCGACUAAGAUGUUUGGGAUCUUUUUUAAAAUCGAAGCCAGCUCGAACAAAAUAUGUAAGCGCAACCUAAUUUUAAGCCAUGAAGAGAUAUGGAUGUCUGUGAUUGACUCAUCUUUGCAUACUCUACUUGAUGGUGUAAUGUUUUGGGCUUGUCACUGGCCACCUAUCUUACUUCGAAAUGGUACAAAUUAGAUCUCUCGGUUUCCGUUGCAUCUAAAA